ACAGCUUAGCUAUGAACGUUCUAUCUACCUAUUCUCACCGCACGCAUAUUGUUGCAGCUGCUUUAACAGCAUCUCUGGUUACAUCUGGUAUAUUCAUCACCUAUAACUCUUAUACCAGGCGAGCAAAACGGAAGGCUCUUAAUGAGGAGGUCAUUAAAUCUAUAGCGGCGCACAACGAUGAUAAACGAGAACAAGGCGCCGUCGAGAAAUCUGUUGAUUUCGCGGAAGUCGCCCACAUAAGGAGUGCUGGAUAUGACGAGGAGCUCAUCAGAGAGCAGUUGGCGAGAAAUUACGCGUUCUUUGGCGAGGAAGGCAUGACUCAUAUUCGGGCUGGCACAGUGGUCAUCGUGGGUUGCGGAGGCGUUGGUAGUUGGGUUGCUGUCAUGCUCGUUAGAUCUGGAGUGUCAAAAAUACGACUCGUUGACUUUGAUUAUGUGACGCUAUCGUCGCUGAACCGCCAUGCUACUGCAGGGCUUUCUGAUGUAGGGACACCGAAGGUGGCAUCCAUGGAACGAACUUUGAAGGAUAUUGCACGCUGGGCUGAAGUGGACUGCCGAAUAGAUAUCUGGAGAAAAGAGGAUGGUGGUCGAUUAUUAGAGGGUGCCGAUUGGGUUGUCGACGCGAUUGACAAUAUAACCACCAAAGUAGAUCUGCUCAAGUACUGUCACGACCAUGGCAUCAAAGUGUUUUCAUCAAUGGGGGCAAGUGCCAAAUGCGAUCCGACUCGUAUACAGAUCAGUGACAUCUCUUAUACGAUUUACGAUCCAUUAGCCCGCUCAGUCCGGCGACGUCUACGUCUGCAAGGGAUAUCUUCUGGCAUACCUGUUGUUUACUCGACGGAAGUUCCAGGAGACGUCAAAUUGCUGCCUUUACCGGAGGAAGAAUUUCAAAAAGGUCCAGUGAAAGAACUUGGAGUUUUUGACGACUUCCGUGUUAGGAUACUACCUGUCCUAGGACCUCUCCCCUCUAUUUUCGGCCUACACAUAUCGACUUAUAUUCUAUGCGAAAUGGCCAAGAAGCCUAUCCUGAAUCCCUUACCCAUAAAAAAUCGUAGGAAGCUCUAUGAAAGACUUCUAAGAGACCUCUUGCACCGUGAAUCAAAGUUGACAGGUCAAAUCAUUAACAAACUUCCAAUUGACGACGAUGACGUUGCGCUGAUAUUCGAGGACCUCCAUCGCGGUCGCUCUGUUGUUCCUCCUCAUCCUGUGCCUUCACGGCCGACUCUUAUGCGCUGGGAUCCUGCGGAGCCACUCACUCUUGAGAAUUGCGUGGUAUUCGAAUUCGCAGAAGCAGAAAAACAUGCACGAGAGUGUUAUGGCAUGACUGGGGUAUCCCAGGAAGGUGACAUUGAUAUUCGGCACCCUCGGAGUCCAGUGAAUGUCUGGGGGGAAGCAGUACAACAAGUUGUCGAUAGAAGGAGCAAGGAAAUUAUUGGGUAUCGGGAGUGGACGCUUUAGCACAUUCAAGACAUUGUGCUACCAGCAUCAUUUAGCUAAUUCACCUCCACAUUCCCUUACUGCUUCAUAUACGUUUGGAUUAUGCGUUAAUACUACCAUCAGCUUCCACACUCAGCUUA